AUGGUCAAACCUGCUAUCCCUUGGCCGUCCUUCGACGAUCUCCCUCUCGACAAGGACGGGCCCAAAUACAACGCUUGGGGUCUAUGGGGUCGUGAUGAUCAAAUUGGGAUGCUGAACCUCCUCACGCCAGAAGUGGUGUUGAACGCUGCUCAAACCCAAAUCAAAACCGGUCAAAGGGUGUCUUUGAACUGGUCGAUGUUCGAACCUCAUAAACCGGCAUACGGCCGUAAGACUUUCGUACAGAAUGUCAUCAGGAAGCCCGGGAGGAAUGCACACGAUGAUGAAUGGUUCUUCAAUAGUCAAGGAUCUAGUCAGUGGGAUAGUUUUAGGCAUUAUGCGUAUCAACAAACUGGUCAAUACUACAAUGGUGUGACCAAUGAACAAAUCGCUUCGUCAAACAUCAAUGGUAUCCAUGAAUUCUCCAAGGAAGGAAUCGUCGGACGAGGUAUUCUUAUCGACUACUAUGGAUACGCUCAAGCCCACGACAUCAAACUUGAGAUCUUUGCAAAGACCGUCAUCACGGUCGCGGAUCUUAUCAAGACUCUCGAAUGGCAAGGAAUGUCCGAGGCAGAUAUCUUGGAAGGAGACAUCUUGUUCAUCCGAUCUGGAUUUGUCCCCGCUUAUGAGGCUUUGACUGAGGAAGAGAGGGACUGGAUGGAGCCUCGCUGGGUUGGUGCAAACGGGCACCAGAUAGGGAUGGAUUGCUCGGAAGAAGCUCUUCGCUGGUUUUGGAGUAAAAAGUUCUCAGCGUUGGCCGGUGACACUCGAGCCUUCGAAGCAGGUGCCUUCAUCGCCGCCGAAAAAGAAACUUAUCACAUUCACCCCGUCUGUCUCUCUGGCUGGGGUCUGACUUUGGGAGAAAUGUUCGAUCUCGAAGCUUUGUCCAAGAAGUGUGCAGAGCUCAAACGAUACACUUUCUUCCUCACUAGUGAGGUACUCAAUGUUCCUGGUGGAGUAGGCAGUCCCCCCAACGCUCUUGCCAUCUUUUGA